UCCGCAGCACAGCGGAAGAAAAUGGCGGCCGUGGCUGCAGAGCCAGGAGCUGCGGCGGUUCCGACAACAACAACGGCGGCGGCGACCGACGAUGAGGGCCCGCCAGAACCAGGCACAGCCGGACCGGGACUCACGGGGCCGCUGCUGGACAUCGACGGACCGUCUGCGGAGUCUGUGGCGCCGCGGGCGGAGGACGGAGCGGACGGGGAGGAGCGCCGCCAUGUCAGGCCGGAGCUGGAGCCCGCGGCGGGAAAAGCUCCGUCCGAAAGCUCCGUAGGAGACGACCUGAACUCGGGAAGUGGAUCCCGGGUUGGCACGGAACGGUUCUCCUCGGGCGGAGGGGCGGAUCAGGCGGCGUACCGGAGCGUCCCCGCAGACCCGCAGCCCUCCGCCGUGUUCCUGCACUCGGUCCCGGACCCCCCGCCCGUUACUGAGGCCGGGCUUUCCUUAGCAGAACCGGCAGAACCCACCACCAAUGUGACGACAGACCGAGCCGAGACCGUGGGUCGGGACAGAGGCUAUACAGCGCUGGUCCAGCCGGAGCUGCGGACCGGACCGGUUGAGGAAGACGGCACCGCGGACCGUCCAGUCCCGGAACCGGACCAGGCUUACGGUAGAGACUGUGCGGGGUCCGAUGAAUUGCGGGAGUCUUCUCCGCCCGGCCGGUCCCCGAAGAGGAGGCUCCUAGCAGAGGACAGAUCCAGUGUGGCCGCAGCGGAGCCCGGACCCAUGCAGGACAUGAUCAGCCUGAACCUGAACCCGGGCUCUGAGGUCCGGGUCUCCCUUGACCACGUGAUCGAUGACGCACUGGUGGUUUCGUUCCGGGUGGGAGAGAAAGUGUUCUCAGGUGUUCUGAUGGACGUGUCCAAAAGAUUCGGCCCAUACGGGAUUCCCAUUACGGUAUUUCCUCGCCGUGAUGACCGGAGCCGACCUCAGACAUCUUUACAGUUGCCGUCAGAUGCCGGUGAAGCCCCAUCCAUCAAACAGGAGGAGGUGACAGUGACUCCGCCCCCUCCUCACCCUUGGGGAUCCAAACCGCCACCGCUGUUCCAGGAGGGGGCACCAUAUCCCCCUCCUCUGUUCAUCAGGGACACCUACAAUCAGGCCUUACCUCAGCCGCCGCCGCGUAAAAUCAAGCGGCCAAAGCGCCGCUACCGCUGCGAGGAGCCCACCUCCAUCAUGAACGCCAUCAAACUCCGCCCCCGCCAGGUGCUCUGCGACAAGUGCAAAGGUGUGGUAUCGUCGGCCGGGCACCGGGAGGCGCGGCGGGGCCCUGUGGACCUGAGGGGUGAGGAGGCAUCCAGACGGCGGCGGCCACCUGAGGUUCCGUUGUGUGCCGAGCUGAAACGGCUGCGAACAGAUGACCGCCCAGCACGUAGCGCCACAGACCGCCGUUCAGCAUCAGGGAUACGUGUGUCAUCUUCAUCGUCAUCAUCAGCGUCAACACGCCGCGUCCUGAGGGGUGUGGCAUCAUCCUCGUCCUCGUCGCCAUCCUCAGCUGGCCGCAUGCACCUGAAGCUGAACUCUAAGAAGGUUCUGUCCAAAGAUCGCUCCAAAGCUUGCCAAGUGCUCAACAAGCUGGCAAGGAGCUCUGCACCGCCGCAUCGUCGGCCCAAAGACCAGAACCACAGCCAGAGCCAGGACCAGGACAGCACCAAGGCUGUGACUCGAGCUGCCGCCCUGCAGAACCACAACCAGAAGGUCCACUUCACGAGGCGGCUGCAGCACCGGAGCGCUGCCAUGGCUGCUGGCGGCCCGAGCACGGCAUUACCACCCAGAAUGCGCCUCAAACCUCAAAGGUACCGUACAGAUGACACGGCGCCAUGCCCUGCACCCUCCUCCUCCUGCUCCGCCCCCUCCCCGCCCAAACACAGGCCUGCUUUAAGCCCCGAUCCCUGUCCGGCCACAGACACACCCCCUGCCUCAGACACACCCCCCUCCUCUGUUUCCAUGGAGACUGAUACAGCCCGCACUGCUGAGGAGGAGGGGGUGGAGUCUGAAAGGGGGGUGGAGCCUCCCUCCUCCUCCUCCUCUUCUUCUUCUUCCCUGGACUCUGCCCCCUCAGAAUGCGGCUCCACAGAGACCUUUGACCUCCCUCCUCCCGGCUCUGCCCCCCCUCCCCCCCCUGAGGAGGAGGAGGAUGAGGAUGGUAAUGACCUGAAGCGCCGUCGUAAGUCUUCCUCCUCCUCCUCCUCUGUUUUUUCAAAGUCGGUGUCAAAGUGCCGCUGUCCGGAUGGCCGCACUGUGUGUGUUGGCGACAUUGUCUGGGCUAAAAUCUAUGGCUUCCCGUGGUGGCCUGCCCGUGUGCUAGGCAUCACGGUGUCGCGGCGUGGCGACACGGGGCUAGCGGUGCGUCAGGAAGCGCGCGUCUCGUGGUUCGGCUCGCCCACCACCUCCUUCCUGCCACUUGCUCAGCUUGCGCCGUUCCUCGAGAGCUUCCAGUCACGGUUUGACAGGAAGAGGAAGGGGCCGUACCGCCGUGCCAUUGCAGAGGCUGCCAGCGCUGCCAAACAGCUGACACCCGAGGUCCGAGCACUGCUCACACAGUUUGAAACGUAGCACCACCUCCCUGUAGGGUGACCAGGUCCCAACACAAAAUAUGAGGGACACACUGUGUUAGCAUGGGGCAAUGUCUUUCAUUUUGAUAUUUGUGUUGGACACAAAAUUAAUUUGACAGUAGCAACCUUAUUAUUUACCUAACAAAAAAAAGGAUAAAUACUAGGGCUGCGCUUAACAGUUCUGUCUGUUUUUCUCAAUUGUUUUUUUUAGGAAAGAAACUAAAAUAUUCACACUUAGCAAACUGACAACUUUAUUUUCUUGAAAUUGACUCAAAUGGUCUUACCAGUCUUCACAAUUUGUCUCCUCAGAUCUACGUCACACAACUAAGCAUUUUUUUUCUCGUGCCACUUGAAAUAACAAGAAUAACAAAAGUUCAGUAGAAAUGAGGAUUUGAUUCUCAUUAUAGUUUAAGUUGUGAAACACAGUGUGCUGGAUUUUACAAUGAGUCAAAAUGAACUGAAUAAGGACUAAUUCAACAAAGUGAGCAACGUAACCUUUUUCACAGCAGACAGUUUGGCUCGCAAAAAAAGUACAGGUAUUGAUAUCCUUAAUGAUGGCGCUGUUCCUGUGUCCCAGGAUGCCUUGCAGUGAAUAAACAUGACCAGUUUCAAGGCCUGAAACUGUUCCAAAUACAUCUGCCUUAACAAGUCAAAAUGUCUGUUGUGGAAAAAGUUGUAUCAACAGUGUUUUCCCUCUGAAUUAAGAAAUCAGUAAUUCCACAAUGGUAGUGGAUGGAAACAUUCAGAUUUUUCCAGUUCAUUUUAUGAAAGUUUAGUUCAUAUGUGUAAAUUUUAAAAUCUAAAUGUGGGACAUUGUCUUAAUGCGUGGGACGUAUCGGGGUGACCUGGUCAGUCAAACUCACCUGCCCCUACGCCUCUGUCACCUGUUACAGAGAGGGGGUGGGGCCUCGGACUGAGACGGACAGUUUGUGUUUCUGUUUCCUGUUCAAAAAGGAGGAGGGGGCGGAGCCUCUGGGUUACUUGUCAGUGUUUCAGUGGGCAGAGCCUCUGGGUUACCUGUCAGUGUUUGGGAAGGGGGUGUGACUUCACACCUGUCACACUCUCAGGUGUCAGCAGUAGCGUUUCUACACUGCAGUGUCUUUUCAUGAUGUGAAAAAUAACGCUACUGCAUCAUGGGAAAUGUAGGCUCCAGUGAUUUUUGGAUUAAAAGUUGGGACUUGUGGUCCUGUUAUGAUUGGCCGAAUCACAAAGAUGUCACAAACCUGCACCGCGUGUGACACUGUUCGCCGAUGUGUCACAUGGUUGCAAUUUUAUUGGAUCAGUUGGAGCGAUUUUCUGCUGUGAUCGGUCCAUUAGCUGCUACUACUAAUAUACUGUUAAUUGCGAUAUAUUUACCCUGACCUGAGACUGAAAUACAUGCUGAUUAGUAUCUCACUUAAACACACUACAGAUUGAUAAAUCAGUACAAACACACAGACAUUAACCUUGUAUUAUGUCCGUUACUCUGAGUAACACUGUUGUCCCUAAUGUCCUUCCAGUCUGAACGUACUGGUUAGUCGUGGACUCGUCUGAAUGUCUUGUUAAAUGUUUUGUCUGCUCUGCUUUGCUGCUAAAAGAAAACCUAAUAUGUUGACAGACCUCUGACUUGUGAUUUUACUGCUCUGAUUGAAUGCAGAGUGAUUUCUCUACAGAAUAAUCUCAGAGCUCCAUCACAAUGUGCUGCUAUGUUCAAACAACACAACAAACCUUGAAAUAUCAAAGUGACUAUGCAAAUAUACACAUUUGCAAAGAUGGGAACAUGGCAUUUAAGUAUUUAUACAUGAAAAAUGAUAUAAAGCCCACAUGAAAGAGCUAAAAGAUUGAUAUUUGAUUUGGGAUAUUUACAUUAAAGACCUGAUCUGCUCUGAUUGGUCAAAAUCUGGGGAGCAACAAAACUCUGGUGAUCAGUACCAUCUCAGUGACAACCUACAGCAGUCAGCAACUUCUCACAUUGACCCAUUAAUACACAUACUAGCCAGCUGUCAUUUGGGUACUUGCAAAUAUCAAGCAAGUUACUUUAUGAUAAAAAAACUUGUAAGGAAAGAAUUAGUCAUAAAAGACUUUCCAGAAUAGUUUUCCAAGAUGUUACUGACGGAACAUUUUGUUAUAGUUGGGUUAAAUACUGGAGUAUAGAUGACAUGUAUAAAAAUAUUUAAACUUUAUAUGAUUUUAAGCCAUUGUCUAAAUAGUUUGUACUUUUUUUCAGUCAGUCAGCGAAGUAUUUCAGUCCUACUUAUAUAUACAGUUUAAUCUGUAACAAAGCAUAGUGCAGUGUUUCAGCUCUUAUGACAAUUUUCAGACAAAUGUAGUGAAGUAAAAAGUAGAACAUUUUCCUCUGAAACGGUUUGACAUUUAGGUAUUAACAAGUAAUGUACGAUCACAGCAGAGUGCCCCUGCAACUGUUCCAGUCCAGCACCAAUCGUGUUAGUUCCUGUUGUUCAUUCUUUGUUUCUGUUUAAACUGUGAAACUUUUAAGUGUUGUCCAAACUGUGGCUGAGGGUCCCAAACAGGGUCAGACCCACAAAGCACCAGGAGCCGAUGUGACUGAAGCUGAUGUUUUAUGCGUCUGACAUCUGGGCUCGGCUCAGUUUGUCGUUGGUUUUAGACCCUGAGCCUCAGUUUAACAGAUGGACAGGUAGGACUCACUGACUGUUAGACAUGAUGAAAAUGAUGAUGAUGAUGAUGAUGAUGGUUGGUUGUCAGACUCUCUUUACCGUCUGUUUGCAGAUCAGAAACAGAAACAGUCGACCUGUGUAUGUUCUUUUUUUCUGAUGUUUUAAAUCUAUAAAUAAACAUUCAAACUUCUCUUUGA